ACUCAGCCUUCCUCCUUCAUCAUAUAUAUAGGCCUAAUUUGUUAGUGGGUCUCAGCAGAACUGACUUAAAGGUGUCAUCUAGUAAGAUUAUUGUCUAGAAACCAAGGAUUGGUAAAGAUGAUGAUGCUGAAUGUAGAGGAACUGGUGACAGGGAAGAAGAAUGAUAACAGGGAGGCCAGGGACUUCCUCCCAGAGGACUUCAGAAAUGGAGAAUAUGAAGCUGCUGUGACUUUGGAAAAGCAUGAGGACCUAAAGACACUUCCAAGACAUUCAUUGAAUUGGGAAAGUCAGAAUGAGAAACAGCUAGAGGCAGAGCUCAAGAAGAAAAAACUGGAACAAAGAUCAAAGCUUGAAAAUUUACAAGACCUUGAAACUAUCAUUCAAUUAAAGAAAAGAAAAAAAUACAAGAAAAUCAAAGUACCAGUUUUAAAGGAACCUGAACCAGAAAUUAUAACAGAACCUGUGGAUGUGCAGAAGUUUCUGAAGGCUGCAUUGGAGAAUAAGCUGCCAGUAAUUGAAAAAUUUUUGUCUGACAAGAAGGAUCCAGAUGCAUGUGAUGAAUACAAACGGACAGCUCUUCACCGAGCAUGCUCCCAAGGACAUUUGGCCAUUGUGGAAAAGUUAGUGAAUUCUGGAGCCCAAAUUGAAUUCCGUGAUAUGCUGGAGUCCACUGCUGUUCACUGGGCAUGUCGUGGUGGGAACCUGGAUGUUCUGAAGUUUUUGCUAAACAAAGGCGCGAACGUCAAUGCUCGAGAUAAGCUGCUCAGUACACCUCUGCAUGUGGCUGUGAGGACGGGGCGGUAUGAGUGUGGGGAGCAUCUCAUCGCCUGUGAAGCUGACCUUAAUGCCAGAGACCGGGAAGGAGACACACCUCUGCAUGAUGCUGUCAGGCUGAACCGUUACAAAAUGAUAAGACUGCUGAUUAUGUAUGGAGCAAAUCUGAAUGCCAAAAAUUGCGAUGGGAAAACCCCAAUGGAUCUCGUUCUUCAAUGGCAGAAUGGUACGAAGGCAAUAUUUGACAGUCUUAAGGAGAACUCCUACAAAUCCUCUCGCAUAUCCACAUUCUAAAGGAGGCAACAGUCGUCAUUCUUUUGAGAGUGACCCCCCCCUCCCUCCGGAAAUCUAUUUCACUUCACAUACCUAGUUCUAAAGCGUUAAAGUGCUAAAAUAUGAACAAGAUGCACACAUCA